AACUUCAAUUUUAGUCCAAGAUCAAGAUCCAAGUCUUAUAAACCCCUCAAUGGUUUUUCCGUAUUUUUUAUCAUUAGUGUAUAAAUAUUCAGUUGUUAUUUAAGUUUGUGUGUGACUAAAUUACACAGUGUUGGGGAUGGGGCUUAUGCAAUGAGAUUUGGAGGUUUCUCUCCGAAUAUUCCUAUUCAACCGGAAGUAAUUCCUCCUCUGAUGCAAGCGCGACUUGACCUUGCAGUUAAUGCUGUUAUAUAUCCACACGUGCAGAGCUUUCAAUAGAGGACAGUCAACUGAUUGAAGAUCUAACUCUAAAAAUGCCUUCUGUGACGAAGAAUGUGAGUAUCUUAGGCAAUAAUACGUAUUCCCGACGUUUUUUUAAAGAAACAGACGCGUGAGUUCAAAGAAUUUAAGAACUUCCUUCAGCUUCGAAAAAAAUAGGAAAGUAGGCUAUCCCACGGCCACACUCCACGCCGCACUAAAAAAUUUGAAAUUGUCAUCUGCCAUUCACUAUUAGUAUUUUAGCCAGAGUAAUAUAAUAGUCUAAAUAGCCAACAGCUUAUUCACAUUUCAUUUAUCGAACAUGAUCACUCACGAGCCUAACUGAUGAUGAAACAUAAAACUAAAACGUAUGAUACUAUCGGAUGGGAUGAUAUUGAUGCGUAAUAGAUUCCAACUGAAACUCUUGCACUCUUACUCUCACUUGUACUCUUAGAUAAGUAUACAUUAUGAUUAUACAAAUAUCAAAUUUGUAGAAGUAGACUUACUGUAACUUAGCCUACUUAUUUCAAUUUAUUUAUUUCUGAAUUUCAUCAGUCAUAAUUCUAAGACAAAACUUGAACAUUGAAUGCACUAUCACUAUAGACUAUAGUAGCUACUUUGACUUUGACACAAAAUUUAAAUAUUGUCUGAUUGCCAUGAAUCAUACAUCAUUUUAAUGGUCUAGCUAUAACCUUUAUAACAACACCAAUUUCAUCUUUCUAUCUUUUAUAGAAGUGGAGUUAUGAUUUUUUGUGUGAUUUUUUACAACCCCCUUCUUUAUCUUUGUGUAGAUACUUUGGUCAAAAAUGUAAACAUUUUUAAAAAUAAACCAAUGGCACAGUUGAAUAGAGCUAAUUUUAAACAUAAUUAUAACACCAAAAUCAUAUUUUUAGCUGUUGUAGUUUUAAAGUUAUGAAUUUUUAAAGUACGACUUGGUUUGUCAUUUUUUAACAUAGACUGCAUCUCCACAUUCUGUGACCUCAUUCCACUGAUCGCGUCAUGCGCAAUGACUAUAUAGUUUAUAUAAGGCAAUGCAUUCCCUUAUCACUAAAAUACUGUUUAGGGUCGACUUAUUUUAAACUUUCAACUUUGGCACAUGAAUAAUUAAUAAAAGCUUUCCCUGACCAAUGGUUUAAUAGCUUUUGCACACGGCAAACUCUUAUGAAUGAAACUCUGAGAUAGUACUACGACGUAGCCGUUAUGCAAGUGGCUGUGAAUGGUUGCCAAUGACAACGUGUUGCACAGGGAAAAUUCUGAUCAUUUAUAUUAUGGACUCUGCAGGGUUUUUAAAGCUCAAAUUUAAAAAUUUCCAGUUUAAAUGUCUUCAAAAUGCAUUCUGAAACACAAAAUAUAAAAUAUUUUGAUGUAUAUAGUGGUAAUAAUUAAAUAUUUCCUAAGUAUCGGCAACUUCCGCCAUUAAAAAGGGGGCGUGGCCCACGCCAUGUCGAAAUUAGGCUGAGCCACCUUAUGGUGAUAUGGGUCACUGUGACAAGUGUAACAAACGUGAGACACGACCUACAUCAAUGAAACUUGGCACAGAUAUAGAUCAAUAUCUAAUGCUCAUACAGAUUUAAUAAAAAAGGACCUUAUCUUAUUAUUUCACAAAAAAUUUUGUAUGCGAAGAUGCCUUAUAUAUACCAAAGAUUUUCAAAAUAAAGGUCGAUUGAAAAAAGCAAAAUAGCUGGCUAGAAAUGUAGGCCAAGAUGUCUUCCAAAUUAUAAGGCCGGAAACGGAACUCAAAUAUAUGUGGAAAGAACUAAUUUAAUAAUAAAUAGACACACACAUCGGAAAAUUAAAAACUCGGAUUUUUCGGCGCCGACGCCCAUUUCCGAUACAAAAAAAAUAGUAGUCUCCCUUCUUUCAUCGAAGUAUCUACUUUGUGUUUAACCGAAAAAACUUGUGACCCACUUUCCAAAUUUCUGCCUUAUUUUGCCCCAAACUUUUUUAUUUUAAAAGAUAAUGCAACCAAAUUUUCAGGAGGCAUUCUCAAUGCAGUAUACAACAAAAUAAACAACAAAACUUUUAUAUAACAUGAAGACUUUUAUUUUUUAUAUAUAUAUUUGAGAGUAUGUUAAGAAAAACAUAAGCAGAAAAGUAGGAAAAAUUAACAUUUGUAAAGGAAAAAACAAAAAAAUAACAUGUUUAUUGUAUUUUAAUGAAUAAUGUGCUUACAUUUUAAACCAAUUCUUAUAUUUAUGAAAGGUAAGUAGAAGUCUUUUUUGUUACAAUGAAUUUGAAUGCAUAAGAUUAUAAACAAAAACUACUUACAUCACCAAUAAGACUAAAAGGAGCAUAUCAGUACCGGGGUAUGUGAUUAAAUUAAGGUAAUGGGGAUGUUAUGCCUGUCAUUUUUAUAUUUAGACUGCUCUUCAAACUGCUUGGUCUUGUUGAUAAAUCCAUGAUCUCUCUUUCAUAUACUUUGUCUUUGUCCAAACGUGCUUACUUGUCAAUGGAAGGACUUCUUUAAUAGAAAAUUAAAAUUUAUUUUCUCCGAUGUCUGAAUGAAACCAAGAAAUAACAGCUAAUCAUAUCCUGAAUCUACAUAAUUUCUUCUUUUUAAUAUUAUUCAAUUUUUUUGUUUGGUAAAACUAAUUUCUUUUAGUUUUAUUUUAUUAGAAAUAUUAUAUAUUUGCCUAUGUAAACUGUCUUUGAGCCUUAAGAAUAAUUACUAAGUUAACUAAGACUUGGUUAACUUAAUGAUAUUUGUUUAUUUGAUGUCUUUAAUUUAUAAUUAAAUGCUUUAUUAAUGUUUUUAAAAUACUAACUUAAAUUAGGCCUGUAACUGUAUGAGUAAAUGCAGUUGUAUUAAUGGAAUUGAAUAGUAUUUUAGUUUAUUAGUAAUAAUACAUUUACAUGGGUAUCAGUAUUAAUUAAUAUUAUUAGGCUUAGGCCUAGGCCUAUUACUAUUAAAAUAUACACUAUAAUAUCAUAUAUUCUCUUAUAGGAGUAAUGUCACUAAUUAGAGAAUAGCAUUUAUUAUUAAGAUAAUUUAACUAUUAUUGAUUCAAUAAAGAAGAUCGGAUAAAAUGUUUAGGCCUUCUCUCAUAAAAUUUCUAAACUUACUUACAUUAUUGUAUAAUAGUUUAUGUAAAUCAAGGGACAAAACUGGUCCGAAAUUCAACAGACUACACAAACUAAAAUUAAUUAAAAAAAUCUUUGAUUUACUGGUAUGUAAUAAUUUCUUAAAAUAUAGUAAAACUGUUUCCCAUCAAUUAAUUGAUAAGUGUUCCACGAAUUUUUGAAGAUGAACAUUAAUAGUCAUCUUUUUCAUAUUAAAAUAUUAAUGGCGAGAGCCAUUUCCGACAACCCAAUUUUUUUAUUUAAGGGGGGAUAACUGGUGAAAAACUCGAUUUUCCAAAACUGCGGGGUCUCUAACUUUUUUCAGCGAUCACUAUUAUUAACGAAAUAAAGUUAUUCCAUUUCGUGAAUAUAUGAAGCAGUAGCGCAGUAAAGUUGAAAGUGUUGGGCGAUUUUACAUUAAAAAGUAAUAAGCUAUUUAAGUACAUACCCGUACAUAAUAGUAAAUAAGUUGCCAGUACAAAGUCCAACCUGCGGGCAAAAUGGUGUCAAAUGUUUUGAAAAAAUAUGCGCUCACGUCACUGAUGAGGAACGCAAUUAUUUAAUAAACAAAGGUGACGUAGUGUGCAAUUUUCCAAAGAUACCGUGUAGCUGUACGCCAUAUUGUAGAACAAGUUUUAUCGACAUUUUUGGACAUGCGCAGAUCGGUGCGUCGACUAGUUUUAUAGUGCCUAACUAUAGAUAGUUUGUAAACUUACUUCUUCAGUUUAACUAAAAAUAAAUUACCACCAAUGACACUCGAAUAGCAUUUUUUCUAAAGGGACCCAGGUCUGAAAGCAGCAAUUUGGACCCGGGUCCCUUUGACUUAAACUGAAGAAGUAAGUUUAAAAACAUAUAUUCUAUUCUAUUCAAUUAUCUUUCAUUUGAUACCAAGUUUUGUCUUGCAAACCCAACAAUAACAUUAUAAAUAUUUUUUUAAAUAAAAUCAACAUCUCACUCUUCUCCGGGUCCGAAUAGCCUCUUCAUAGCUCAAACUGCAACCUGGGUUGCUUUUUAGUUUUGGUACCACUUAACGACCUUACUCCUUACAGUGCCUUGCCAGAGAGAACUUAGUUAAACAGCAUUAGUUGCUAAUGAUAAGUGAGUUUACAAACUAACAAACCAAUCAAUUUUAUGGUAAAUUUGGAGAGAUGGCACCAUGGCCGCCAUCUUGGUUGCCGCGGCCCCCAAACUUAUGUCCUAAAUGUAUCCCUAAACUUAAAAGUCUUACUAAUUACUGUUAGUUAGGCAUAGAACUAGUCAUGUUGGAGCUUGUUUAAUUCUUGAAUGAGACAAUUGGCUGCAGUCUUAGACUUAAUGUGAUUCAAACUGACAAAAUUCAACAAGUGAAUGUGAGACCUAUACCCAGAAGUCAAGACUCGAGUAGGCCUGAACCUAAUUACAAUUGUUAAUGUGAGUGACCAUCAUGCUAUGUAGGCCAUGAUAAUGAUGCAAUUUUUUAAUACUGUGACCUCAUACUAACAUUACAGCUCUUAAGACAAAUUUCCCUUACUUGUGGCAUUUGUGGACAUUUGGUUUGCAAUUGUCUGAUUUGUACAUUGAAACAUUGGCUUACUUAGUCAUUGAUGAGUUCGAGUGUGUAUGACUAGCCGAUUGCCAUGAAUGAUAAUCAUUUUAUAAAAACACCCAUUUUUGUCUUUCUAUCUUUUAUAGAAGUUGAGAUUUUUUUUAUGCCCCGCAUAUAAUUAUAAUAUAUAUAUUUUACCCCCAAAACAUAUGAGACAUUCCUAAUCUAAUAAACAACACAAAGAACAACAAAACUUUUACAUUACAUCAAUACUUUUUAUUUUGGAUAAUUUUCUUUGCAGGUAUGUUUAAAAAAUCAUGUACAGAAAAAUUAUUUAUAAAGGCAAAAACAAAAGAAUAACAUGUUCAUUGUAUUUUAAUGAAAUAUUAUUCAGUUAUAUUUAAAAUAAAUUCUUAUACUUAUAAAAAGUAAGUUAAAGUCUUUUUUAAAUGUUAAAUUGAAUGCAUGAACUUAUAAAUACGACUAAAAUCUCUGAAAGGACAAAACUAAUAUGAGCACACCAGUGCCGGUAUGAGAUAAAAUUUUAAAGGGUAAAGGGGGUGUUCUGCCUGUCAUUUUCUAUGUAGACAGCUUGAUCUUGUUGAUGAAUCCCACAAUAUCUCUGUCGUAAAUAUUGUCUUUGCCAUCAACAUCCAAACGUGCCUCUUAGUCGAUGGACGGAAUUCCACACAGUUCAAGAGAAAAUCGUACUCUGUACCUGAAAGAAGCAUAGCCAUAACACUUUUUUAUCAAUAUAAUUAUAAUCCUGAACGUACACACUAUCUAAAUUUCUUUUUAAUACUAUUCAAUAUUUGAGGUUAUUAAAAAAUGAUUUUUGUGUCGUGUUAACUGUUUUACUACGUCUGUAAAAACACAGCAUCAGAAUAUUUUAUUAAAUUAACAAUUAAUUAACAUUUAGAAUUUAAUACCUUAUUAAAUUUUUAAAAUGCAGAUUUUAAUUAGGCUUUUAUCAUUGUAAGAAUAUUAGUAAUUAGGCUUUUAUGAUCUUAUGCCUAUAAAUGGACUAUAAUAAUAAUGUUUAUUGUUAUAAUUUAUAAGUAGGCCUAAUUUAGUAAUAUAAUCCCAUAUGAUUAGGCAUUAAUUAGAGAAUAACUAUUAUUAUUAUUGAUACAAUUAACUGAUUUUAUAAAGAGUACCAAUAAAAUUUGUAGAUCCACACACAAUUACGCUUAAAUUCAUAAUUGACAGUGAUAAUAGCAAUUUCCAACAUCUCAAUAGAAAAAUAAUUAACUUUUAAUAUGACGACAUUUUCGUCCCCACCCCAAGCAGCUUGAGAAGCGCUUAACUUUUUGGGGAUUAUUUGAAAUUUAAUUACAUAAUAAUGUUUAAGCUUGUAAAUUGAGUGAGUUUCAUUUUAUCUAGAUCUCAUUAGAUUUUUUUUUACUAACUAAGGAGUAUAUUAUGAUAUAUGUUUACCGAAUCGCAAUGAUAAUCCUGUCCGUGUUACCGAAAAUAAUUUGUUGCGAAAAUUUCCUAGAAUCACCAGAACACAAAAACUGAUAUGUCACUGAUAAGGAAAGCAAUUGUUUAAUAAAAAAAAAAAAAAGGUGACUAGUAUGCAAUUUUCCAAAAAUACUGUGUAGCCGUUCACCAUAUUGUAGAACAAGUUUUUUUUUCAACAUUUUUGGAUAUGUGCAGACCACAUGCGUGAGUGGGUAUUGAGGUGCCAAGUAUCACGUCUUUGACUAACAUGCAGUUUAUAAUUAUUAAUAAUAUGUGGCAGGUUAUUUGUACCUCACAUUGUUUUAACAUUUAUUAUCUAGGCAUAUGCUAGGCACUUAAAGGUAAAAUAGGCUAUAUAGUUAUAGUACAUAUCGCAUAUAGGAAUAAUGAGCCUAUUAAUUAAUAAUUAUAGGCCAUUAUUAUUAUGGAAUUCAUUAGGCUCUAUAUGAAAUUCUAAAUCGUACAAAAAAGUUAUUAAUUCCUUAAAUAACAUCCGUCAAUAAGAUCAGAGCACUCGUAACUUGGGAUAACUUUUCUUCUUUUUUUUUUUCCAGUUAUGCAUUCUAAAAAUUUCUAUUCCAACUAUUCUGCACGGCUUGGUUAGAUUGACAUUGAAAUUAUAUGAUUGUAUCUGUAAACAGUUUUUUUUUUUUAAAUUAAUUUGUUUUGUGCAUAGACCAAGCUAUGCUUAUGGCAGGUCCAUUAAUUUAGGUCCUGGGACAAUAUUUAAAAAUGAAGUUUUUUUCUUUUUUUUUUUACAGUUAUGCAUUCUAAAAAUUUCUAUUCCAACUAUUCUGCACGGCUUGGUUAGAUUGACAUUGAAAUUAUAUGAUUGUAUCUGUAAACAGUUUUUUUUUUUUAAAUUAAUCUGUUUUGUGCAUAGACCAAGCUAUGCUUAUGGCAGGUCCAUUAAUCUAGGUCCUGGGACAAUAUUUAAAAAUGAAGUUGCAUCUUAGAGGUCUCGUUAUUAAGAUAAGGUUUGGUAAAAAUUAUUUGAUUAAUAAAAAAAAAUUGUUGUAGGUCAUUACUAAAAAGAGAGUAAUUAUUUUGGGAUAACUCAUUUAAUUAAUUAAGAAAAUUAAUUUCCAAGUGACUAAAUAAAAACUGAGCAGAGCUGCCACUCCUUGAUCACAUCCGAACUGUUAAAACUCUUACAAUUGUGGCAUACAAUGUACGAUUUUGUGGUGUCUUUCGAGUGUACGCCAAGACCUGUCAGAACUACAAUUACUACAAUUUUAAGAGACAGGCUUGAAAAUAUAUAAAUUGCAUUUUCUUUCUACACCCAUCUGCGAAUGGAUCCACUUAUAGGAUUUGUAAUGGACCAUCUAUAAUUAUAUUAGUUUGCCCUGAGAGGGGAAUGGAGUGUUGUUGAUUUAGGAGAUUUCGUGUACAAACAUUAGGUCAAAAAAAUUAACACCUCCAUCUUUUUGUAAUGGGGGUUGGGGGGUUUCCUCUGUAGAAGGUAUGUACGCUAUUCAAAAAUUCUACAGUAAUCAUCCUAAAAGUCAGAGUGUCAUAGUCAUAUCUCGUAUACAGUAAAAGUAUCACAGAUUGUUUUGUAAGAAUUAUCUGCAUAAUGUUGCAAUGUAUUUUCAAAAUGAACUGGCUAGAUAUACUCAGAAAGUACUAAAAAGUAGAAGAAUUACAGUAAUGUUCAGUCCACCUUAUUUUUUUUUUUUCCCGGCGCCUAUGCCAAAUGCAGGUUUUCACCAGCCUACUUGUGUUAAAAUAUAUAUCAAGUACACUUCAAAAAAGUUAAAUGAAGGGUUGGUUUAAAAUAAUUAUACGUCUGUUGGUCAGUAACCGCCAUAGAGUAACUGCAAACAGUAGUAAAGUGGUUUACUGAUAGUACUACAACCAAAGGAUGUCACAUUGGAUUAAAAGUGGAAAUAAAGUUGUAUAAUAUUGUGCAACGCCUCUGAGGAAGCCGCAUUAACCCAUAUAGAAAAAUAUGCACCCUUGCUGAUGCGGACCAGUAAUAUGUCUUUGUGAAGUAAUUGGGAUUUUAUAGCUUAAUUCACUCGUAAGUGCCUUUCUUAAGACGAUUUUGGCACCUAUUGUUCUUCUUUCCCCCAUUCUCAUGACCCUGUCCAAGGACAAGCACCUAGGGCGAUGCUGCUUAUGUUCUGGGUACCACUGUACGCGCAAAAUUGCUCGCGCAAAAUUGCUAGCGGUGAAAACUGUCACAUUUUGUUUACUUUAAUUAUAUAAAGAUUAUUUGAUUUUUCAAUUUUUUUUGUUUCAGGGAAGGGGGGAUGCAUCAAAAAAUUACCCUUGCAACAGAAGGAACGGGGGUGGGAGAGAAUUUGACUUAAUUUAGCGUACAAACUAUAUAGAUGGCCCUUCCUCGCAGUUUUUUGCUGUAUGAUGUAAUUUUAUGUCAUAGUUAUUUCAAACAGCUGCUAGAAAAUAGAGAUUGCAUUCUCAACUGUUCCGCAGCAAUAUUAGAUUUUCAACAUAUAUUAUAGGAUCUGAGGAAAUCUAUUUUUAGAAUGCAUAAAAUAUCUAUAAGAUUUUUUAACCCAACACACACACCACACGCCACCCCAACCCCCCCACCCCCCCCCCUUUUACAGCUUUUUAUCUGAGUUGGAACCAUGUAAAAGUUCACCAGUAACUUUAUUUUACCAGUGUCGGAAAGGGAUAAUUUGAUAUGCGCGUUCACCUAAACAUUAAUUUAUAUCUAUAGCAGAUUGUUAAAAACUUUUCUUCCUUAAUAGGUUCGUUGUCUAGGGGUUUAUUAUAUACACUUCACAACUAUAAUUCUUGUAUGAAAUAUCUUUAUUAAUCAAACUAAAUCCUCAACUGCCAUUACCGUAAGAACAACACUCCACAACCAUCUACCAUACUAAUACGUCAUAUCCUUUUCCACACAAUAGUCACAAGAUACCAAGAAUAAUGAAUAAAACAACACACAUAAUCUCAAACCAACACGCAAUCACACAAUACACUCAAGUCCCUAACACAGAUACACGUCUGCAAAACAAAGUGAACAAAAAUAGCAAUAUAAUCGUUGGUCAUCUACUUUUAGAAAUUACCCUUUUUAUGCCAUCUUAACUCGAUAUCACUAGAAAAGUGUUGUGAGUAGUUAUUGUGUACAUUAUUUAUACUAUGUUUACUUCUUUACUAUUAAGAUACUGUAUUUUAUGAUAUUGUACGAUUAAAGGAGUAAAAGGGAUAACAGGUCUGCACCAGCUAUUCAUUUAACCUUUGUUGUACAAUAAUUUAUGACAAUUCUGUUGACACUGUUUCAAAAACAAAAUUGUUUUUAAAACAUUUGUUGAUUAUUUCAAAUUGGGUCAAAUAUAUUUGUUUUAUUAGUUAAAAUAUUAAAUAUAAAAAUGUGUACUUCAUAUGGGCUGUGAAAACGGUCCUAGGUUAUGCCUGAAUGAAUCUGCCUGGUUUGUAAUCUUGUUAUUUUUCUUGUUUUAUAGGUAAUUAUUUUUCACGGUGCUUUUAGAAGAUGCAUGAUUCCCAAACGAUUCAAGUGAGUGUUUACCUACUUUUGAUAUAUAACUGUGAAUAAUUUUCAGUUUGGUCACUGCAAUGAAUGUGCAUUUUAUAACAUUUGAGAAAUAAAAGCUUUUACUCCCUGCUAAGUGUGUUGUCUAAUCCAUCCAUCCCUGUGGUGCUACAGCCCAUGUAGGGCUUUGGCCUGCCUCACUACUUUCUUCCACUCAGACCUAACUAAUGCCUUCCUUUUCCAUGGACUUUCAGCUGAUGUAGAUAUUUUUUCACAUCAUCUAUCCACCUAAGCCUAGGUCUGCCUUUGAGCCUUCUUCCUCUGGGGUAUUGGUGAUGUAGCCUCUUCGUACCUCUGUCAUUUGGCAUUCUCUCUAGGUGUCCUGCCCAGCGUAGCCUGCCUCUUUUUUAUUUCUGCCACUAUCGUGGGAUCCUGAUAUAGACUGUAUAAUUCCUGGUUGGUUCGUAUUCUCCAUCCAUAUUCAUCCUUUGUUGGCCCAUAUAUUUUCCUGAGAAAUUUCCUCUCCCAUGUGUUUCAUAGGUUUUUUGCUGUUUUUGUUAGGGUCCAAGUUUCACUUGCAUAUGUUACAACUGGUCUGAUCAAAGUUUUAUAAAUAGUUUAUUUGUUUCUCUUGUAAUGUUUAUACUUUUGAGUAUUUUUUGACUACUGAAGUAUGCCCUGUUUCCGGCUGAUAUUCUUUAUAUUAUUUCUGUUGGUAAUUUGUUUCUUUCAUUUAACAAGGAUCCUUGGUAUUUGAAUUGAUUUACUUUUUCAAAAGUUUGGUUUCUAAUUUUAAUUGUUUCAUCUGUUUGUUCCUCUCUUAUCAUGGACAUGUAUUUUGUUUUUUGGUUGUUAACUUCUAGCCCUGUUUGUAAAGAUGCGUCUUCUAAUUCAAUAAAGGAUUUUGAUGUCUUUUAUACUUUUCCCUAGAAGUGCUAUGUCAUCAGCAUAUGCAAGACACUGAAGUGGUUGGUUGUAGAGUGUGCCCGUUGGUUGUGGGUCUUGUCCUCGAGUGUCAAUGUGUGUUUCUAAUAACUCUCUCUAAUGUUAGGUUAAAGAGCAUACAAGACAGUGAGUCUCCCUGUCUUAGGCCUCGUCUGAUAUGGGAUUCCCUUGAAUAUUCUCCUUGAAUCUUGAUUUUGCUUUUUGAGUUGUUUAGUGUUACAUGUAUUAGCCUUGUCAGUUUGUCGAGUAUCCCAAACUCCUGCAGAGUCUCAUAUAAAUAGUUUCUUUUGAUGCUGUCGUAGGCCAUUUUAUAGUCUACAUAGAGUUGAUGUACUGGUAUAUUAAAUUCAUAGCAUUUCUCUAAUAGGCAUCUGAUGGUGAAAAUCUGAUUAGUGUUGAUCUGUUAGGCCUGAAUCCACAUUGGUAAUCACCUAGUAUUUCUUCAGUGUAAGGUUGUAGUCUUUUUGCAAUAAGCUUUGUCAGUAUUUUGUAUGUAACUGUGUUGUCUAAUAGCUCAUAUUUUAUUCCAUUUUAUUUUUUAUUUUUCCUUUGCAAUUGGCAGAUCAGACAAAGUCAAAGGACAUGUCAUAGGUAUAGAUUUGGGAACUACCAACAGCUGUGUGGCCGUUAUGGAAGGCAAACAACCUAAAGUCCUUGAAAAUUCUGAAGGUUCCAGGACAACACCUUCAGUAGUAGCCUUUACAAAAGAUGGGGAGAGACUUGUUGGCAUGCCUGCCAAGCGACAAGCUGUUACCAAUGCACAAAAUACUCUUCAUGCUACUAAGCGACUAAUUGGUCGUAGAUUUGAUGAUGCUGAAGUUCAGAAAGACUUGUAUGAUUUAUUUUAAUACAUUUGUGUAUUUAAGCUUGAAUUACAUUUGUAAAUUUAAAAAAUUAUUUUUUAAAAAGAAAAAGUAACAUAUUUUUUAAGUUCCUUAAAGUAAUUGUUGGCAAAGUGAUGUUAAAAAUUCUAAUUUUUCAAUUUUCUUAAAUUAUUACAGAAAAAAUGUUCCAUACAAAAUAGUUAAGGCAUCUAAUGGAGAUGCUUGGUUGGAGGCUCAAGGAAAACUUUAUUCACCAAGUCAGAUUGGAGCUUUUGUAUUAACAAAAAUGAAGGAAACAGCAGGUUCUUAAAUUAAUGCAUUUUAAUUUACUUAUGGAUUUUAAUCUAAAUCAAUUCAGCUAAAUGAAAUAAGUUGUUUUUUUAUUCUAAUUUUAUAAUUUUUUUUUUUUUUUUGCUUUAUAAUAUUAUUUAAUAGUAAAGUAUUCCUUUUCAAGUGGGUCACAUAAUUAUAUUUUUUUCACUUUCUACUGAUUAAUUCAAUGCUUUUUUAUUUACAAAAACAACAGAAAGUUAUCUUGGAACUAAAGUUAAAAAUGCUGUAGUCACUGUUCCAGCCUACUUCAAUGAUUCUCAGAGACAGGUACAAUUUUAUUUCAAAACAUCUACAUUUUAAAUAUUGUCUUUAUUGCUUAAAAUCAUGAUUUUUUUUUUAUUUUGUCAACUUGAAAGUGAGAUCAUUAUAGCUUUAUACAAUUUUUUUUUUAAUAGUUGAAAAUUCUACAGAAAAUUGCACUAACAUCUUUUUAAUCUGCAAUACAGGCAACAAAAGAUGCUGGUCAAAUUGCUGGGUUGAAUGUUUUGCGUGUGAUCAAUGAGCCAACAGCAGCAGCCCUUGCCUAUGGAAUGGAUAAAACUGAUGAUAAAGUGUAUGUGCAUAUUACAUAAUCACAAAAUUAUCCACAAACUGCUCAAAAACCUUUUUACUUUUGCCAAGGUUUAUGCUUGUAUCAGUUCAAAAACAAUGUAAAAAAUCAGACCCUAUCUCUUGCCAGGAAAUAAAUUAGUAUAUUGUGUGCAGAUUUUUAAGGAUAUCAUUUUGAAAAUUUCUGCUUUAAAUUAUUAUUAAACUAUUUUUUUCUAUAAUAUUGUAGGAUUGCUGUUUAUGAUCUGGGUGGAGGAACAUUUGAUAUUUCAAUUCUGGAAAUCCAAAAAGGCGUCUUUGAGGUCAAAUCAACUAAUGGUGACACAUUCCUAGGAGGGGAAGAUUUUGACAAUGCUUUAGUCAAUUUCUUGACAGCAGAAUUUAAGAAAGAGGUACUAUUUUGAUGUUUUAAAAGUGAUUUGUAAAACAUGAAAUAAAUAUUUUUGAGCACAGCUAACUAUUUGUAGUUAUAUUAAGUUUAACACUUCCCACUUAACUUUACAGCAAGGAAUUGAUAUUACAAAGGACUCUAUGGCAAUGCAGAGAUUAAGAGAAGCAGCCGAAAAAGCAAAGUGUGAGCUUUCUUCCUCCAUGCAGGUAAAUGAUACACUAAAUUACUAAAUUAUAUAAAACCAUGCAGUGAUGCUUAUUUUUCGUCAUCAGUAUUGCUCACGGUAAAGUGGUGACAUAUUUUGUCUGAGCAUGGGUUCGGAAAAAAAUUAUUUGAUUUAACUUCAACUCAUUUAAGUUCACAUGAUAUGUAAUUAAUAUUAGCAGGUGUCAGUGUCUUGGUAUGAAAUAUUUUUCGAAGUUUAACAUAGUUAUUGCCUACCCCUUACAGAUUCCCACCAUUAAAGCAUACAAUAUUACCUUUAUGUAUUUAAAACAUAAAUGGAUCUAACAGGCUUUUUCAUUUUGUCCAUUUUAAAAUUUUCAUGAGUAUAAAAGUGUUGACAAUCAAUGUUGUUUUUUAAUACGCCAGAAACAUUUGGUUCAAUGAACACUUUGUUUCUUCUUAAUAACAUGUUGCUUGUUAAGUCUUGGCUUACACAUUACUUAAAUUACAUUUUCAUAUGCAAUGGUUAUUUUUUUUAUUGCUUUUUUCAAUGGAUCCAUACCAAUUUAAUAUUUCUAGAAAUUAUCCUGUUUAUUUGAAAAUACUCAUGCUAUGAUGUUGAUUUUUCGUCAACAGUAUUACACAGUAAAAUGGUGACAUGUAUGUCUGAGCAUGAGUUUAUGUAACAUUAGUUUAUAUCUUAUAACAUUUUAAGUUGUUGUUUUUUUUGUGUGUUAAUGUUUAUUUUAAUUUUCCUCCAUUCAAUAGACUGAUAUAAAUUUGCCAUAUCUGACGAUGGAUGCCUCAGGCCCAAAGCACAUGAAUCUUAAACUUUCACGUUCUAAGUUUGAAUCUAUUGUGGAAAAUCUAGUGAAGCGAACAAUUGGUCCUUGUCAGAAAGCCCUGCAGGAUGCAGACGUUAAGAAAUCAGACAUCGGUGAAGUUAUUCUUGUCGGUGGUAUGACUCGUAUGCCUAAGGUUUGUUAAUGUUUUAUGAAAUUUAGUCUAAAUUAGGACACAAUAAACAUCCGAUUAUAGUUCUUGUGGAGUAUAAAGCUACACUUCCGUCUCCGCUUCCCAGUCGGUCGUUAAAAAUUGUGUUGAAAGAAUAAGUUCCUGUCCAAUAUUUUAAACCAAAUAUAACAACUACUUCCUUGUAUUAAUAAUGAACUUCCGUUUUUCCCUCUUGUAUGUCCUUUUUUUAAACUUUGGAGCUAUUUUUUACAACGAUCUUUAUCAAUCAAAUUUAUGUAAGUAGAUUUUCGAUCAUUAUUAUAUAAAUUAUAAUGAUAUGCCUUCAAAAAUUGUAGUUUGAGUUACUUAAAAAGAAAAAUUUUCUUUAUUGUUGGUCACUCCAUGGUCAAGGUCACAGUCAGCGAGCAUAAAAUAUCAUUUUUUUUAAAAACCUUAGCUAUAAGAUAAUAUUAUUCUUUUAUUACUCCUAACAAUUGGAAAUGCUUUUGCAUGUGAAAAAUCACAUGCACUCAAAAAGCUCUAAAUUGCCAGUGCAUUACAGAAUGAUAAAAUGGACAGUUCGUGGGUUAAAUGCGCUUGAUAUAUAAAAAAAUAAUUUUUUAUUGCUCAUAAUUACUUAGGUGCAGGCAACUGUUCAAGAUCUGUUUGGUAGAACACCCAGUAAGGCUGUCAACCCUGAUGAAGCUGUUGCAAUUGGUGCUGCCAUUCAGGUAUUCUAUUUCUUGUAUUAUUGUUUUUUAAAUUUUAGAAGUUCACGAUAGGUUUAUCUAUUGUGGUUUUAUAACGUGCAUAUUUUUAAAAAAUAUUUUUGCCUAAAUAAUCUUACUUAAUUUUUAAUGCUAGGUACUUGAAUGCAAAAUUAAUAAUUUCUCCAACUUAAUGGCAUAUGAAUUAACUUUCUGCUCUAAGAUAUGGCAACUUUGUAAGGACAUUUGAAACAUUUGCUCACCACUGACAGUAUUUUUCCAUGUUCAAGAAUUUCUGUUAAAUAUAUACGCCAAGGGCAUUUGUCAUUUACAAAUCAUUUGAUCUUUUCCUAAAGGCAAUAUUAAUUGGCUGGCUUUUUGUUUCUUUGUAAGGGUGGUGUGCUUGCCGGUGAUGUCACAGAUGUCUUGCUUUUGGAUGUUACUCCACUAUCUCUUGGUAUUGAAACUCUGGGUGGUGUGUUCACGAAGCUUAUAAACAGAAACACCACAAUACCUACAAAAAAAAGUCAGGUAUGUACUAGAUACAAUCAGCUUCAGACUUUUUUUUUUAAAGCAGAAUAAGUAUAUUAGUGAUAAAUGUGUAUGAUUAAAACUAAUGAUGUUUGGCUGUAUUUUUAAGAUGAAUAGAACCAAGUAAUUAACCAAUGUACGUUAAAGCAGCAUACAAAUAAUUUCUAUCCCAGCAAACUGAUUUUUUUUUUUUUUGGUUAGAUAUUAUUUUUUCUCUUAAAAUAGUUACAAAAUUUUGUUUUUAUUGUAUAAAGCAUUUUUGUGCUUAUUUGUUUCAAGGAAAACUUAUAAUCUUGUGUUUGGACAUUUUAUACAUCAGAUUUUAUAAAUGCCUAUUCUAAUAUUAACAUAAUGGAAUUAGGGUUAUCUGAAAUAUUACCAGUGUAUUUGUAUACAGAGAUAUGUCAUCUCCUAGGUUUUCUCCACCGCUGCUGAUGGCCAAACACAAGUUGAAAUCAAAGUUCAUCAGGGAGAACGAGAGAUGGCCACUGACAAUAAACUUUUGGGACAGUUCACAUUGGUUGGUUUCUUUUUUUAUGUCUUAUAAAAGAUCCAUUUAUGGCAUUAUGCUCCAUUGAUUUACCAUCAAGAAAGGUUUCAUUAUAAAUUCUGUUGCUUGUAAUAGAUAAUUUGUUACUGUUGGAAAAAUUCUGUUUUGAUUCAAGUGAAAUUCAUUAUCUUUUUAGUGUCUUGUUUGUCAUUUAUAAGUUGUAAUAGUGUUGCUUUAUUUUUUGUACAGGUUGGAAUCCCUCCAGCUCCACGUGGUGUACCCCAGAUAGAAGUAACCUUUGAUAUCGAUGCCAAUGGUAUUGUCAAUGUAUCAGCAAGAGAUAAAGGAACUGGAAAAGAACAACAAAGUAUUUGAUUUUUUAUACAUAUAUAUAUUUAUUUUUUGUUAUUGUUAUUUUGUAAUGCCUUGUAUUCUUACCAUGGAAAAUCCAAAACUAUGGAUAAAAUAUCUACAUCAUCAAUCUGUUGAGAUUUUCAACCGUGCAUGAUCUUCAUUGGCUUUGUGCCACAGAGUAGAUUUCAAUGAAAGCCUUUUACUAAAUAUUAUAUUAACUGUCUAAUUAUUAUUUCAGUCGUUAUCCAGUCAUCCGGUGGAUUAUCUAAGGAUGAAAUUGAAAAUAUGGUGAGGAAUGCUGAGCUACAUGCAGAGGAGGAUAAAAAAAAGAAGGUACUAUACUUGUAAAUCACUGUUUUGAAAGUUAAACAUUUUUGUAUGUAGACUUGAUAUACAUCAUUUGCAUUACUUGAUUUAUGCUUAUGUAUUUAGGAACUCAUUGAGGUUCUCAAUCAAGCGGAUGGUAUAAUCCAUGAUACAGAAAGUAAAAUGGAGGAGUUUAAGGACCAGCUUCCUAAAGAAGAGGUAUUUUCUUCAAAUUUUAUAGACAAUCUUGCUUGUGUUAUGCUCUUGAUGAAGAAAAGUUUUUUUCAUCGUUUUAUUUUUGGAUUUACCUUAGGUUGAAUAUCGAAAUUUUACCAAUUAAAACUUGACAUAAAUGGAAUUAAUAUUUUUGAUUAUGCAUUUAUUUAAGAACUUAGCUUCUUAAUUUUCAGUAUAUUUUCUUGUAAAUUAAGUAACAUGUUUUUGUUGAUGAAAAUUACUGUUGAAGAUCUUUAAUAUUUGUCAAGAUUUUGAUACUGUGAUAAAGUACUCAAUAUUAUGAACCUUUUCAGUUUUGGUUUUACUUUUCAUUUGAGUUUUAUAAUUAAAUUCUUUUCAGUGCGAUAAACUGAAAGAGAAAAUUGCUACUGUUAAAGAAGUGAUUGCCAAAAAAGAUAGCAAAACUCCAGAAGAGAUCAAAAGGGAAACAAAUGAACUGCAACAAGCCUCCCUUAAACUUUUUGAGAUGGCCUACAAAAAGGUUAGUUUUUUUUUUAAAUACUACCAUAUUCAAGUAAGUUGUGAGAACAUAAUGGGCAAUGACAAAGAGCAUAUUUUUUCACUUUGAAGAUAUAAGGUGAACUUUUUCUACGUUGCAUAGUUUCCUAAAAAAUAAUUAUGUGUGAUUUCGUUGCUGGUGUGACUAGUGAUGUGUGACAGAUCACCUUUAGAAUAAUGCAAUUGUGGUUAAAGUCAUAUCCAAUUUUUAUAAGAUAUGUGAGCCAACGAUUUUAAAUUAAAAAGUUUUUGUUUUCAACCAGUAGCUAUUACUGUUCAUGUUUUUACUCUAUCCAUAUUUUUUUUCCCCAGAUGGCUGCUGACCGUGAGGGAUCAAGUGGUAGCUCCAGUGGAAGUUCUGAUUCAACUUCUGGGGGGGAUAAAAAAGAGGAUAAGAACUAAUGAGGAACGUGUUAGAGAAGUCAGAUUGGGUGAUUAGUUGUGCCGUUUUUUUGUUUUUUUUUUGUCAAGGCUAUAUAGAAAAUUCAUAUUUCAAAGUUUAAAAAACAAAAUCUUCCUAAAUUUUCAAUUUGUGUUAUGGUUUUAUGUGUUACAUUUUCACUCAAGAGGCUCUCCCUUGCUUCUAAUACUUGUACCAAUAGGAGUUCAUCAACGAAAUCUUGAUACUACUAAAGUUUUUAUCAAAUUGGGUCUGAGCUGAGAUAUGUAGAACUUAAUGAAUGACAUGGAGUUUUUACUUUAUUGAAAAGUAACUUGAAGUAAGAAAAAAAGCAUGAAAUGAUAGUAAUAAAUACAAGUAUAGCAUGAUAAUAUUCUAUUUUUUACCUGUCAGUUAUGAAACAAUUGACAUAAAAUAUUUUAAAAUGAUUAUUGAUCACUAGGUCCAAGAUGUGAUCUUGUUAAAGCUUUAAAAUCUAUAUAUUAUAUCAAGUUUUAAGAGGAGAUUGAAGUGUUCACUAUUAUUUGCAUAGACCUUGACUGAUGGACCACUUGACUGCAGCAAUAAUUAGGCAAAGGGUUCAUUACUUUUUUAUUUUUUUUUUUUUUAUAAAGCUUGGAUGCUACUGAUGUCUGAGUGUGACUCUGAGCAAAGAUGUAGAGCAUAAGUUGUUUCAUAAUGAAUGCAUGUAUUUUAUCAAUGAUUAGUUUCCAUAGCUCCUCAUGUAACAUUCAUAUGUUGUUCAUUGUUAUUGGUACCAGCCAGGUACUUGUACCAUAUUAUGUCUGUAACAGAUUUAUUUAUUUUUUUUUUACUUCUAUAUGUGUGUGUGUGUUUGUAGAAUGGAUACUUCAUUUGUUGUUAGUGAUUGAUAAACAGAAUUACCAGCAUUUUGCACAAGUUUGAUAAUAGAUCUUUCCUUGCAAGUUUAGAUGGUGAAUUACCAAUUUUGGGGGCAUUUUCAUGUUCUUAAGAAUUGUCCAAAAAUGUUUCAUUAUUAUUGUGAUAUUUACAGAAAAAUAAAAUAAAACAGUUCAAA